AUGCCCAUGAAACGUGCCACGACAUGCACGUUGGCAAUUCCUACGCCGGAGACACGGCCCGCAAGCAGAGGAAGCACACCUUCACGAACACCCUCUCGGGGAUCGGUGCGAGUACGAGAGUUGCGAACAAGCCUGUCCUUCACUUCGACACCCCGAAGCUCCCCUUCACCCAAGCCAGAGCGGGAAGAGCGGAUCGAGGGCUCCCAAGGUGUCUCGCAUCUCUCCCAAGGUCUCUCCCUCCCUCAGCUCAGCCUCCGUCCGAGCCGUCCUGAGCGCUCUGUCGGUCGGCUUCAGACGUGGGCCGGCUCGGAGACACAGAGUGGGCCUCGGGAGGAAGGCCAGCAGGCAGGUGGCCAAGGAGGCCCGGGAGGCCAAGGGGCCGCGCUGCCGCGGCCGAGCACGGCUCACGGCGCCCACGGAGGUCAGGGAGGUCACGGAGCCCAGAAAGCCCAUGACAAGUCUGGCAAGUUGGAGCUCAGCGAGGCUUUCGAGGGCUUGUGGCGCGCGCGGGCCUCUGCCAUUGACAAGCAGCGCGAGGCGGACGGAAUGUUCAUGCGCCCAGUGACCCCUCAGGAGCAUCUUCUUAAAUUAUUGUCUCCGAAAAAAGAGAGAGCCACAAGCAGUGCACACAGUGCACAUGCCAACACCACCGAGGAGAAGGAGUCAGCCAAGUCGGAGAGUGAUGCGAGCCCCCCAAGCCCACCAAGCCCACCAAGCCCCACAAGCCCGACAAGUUCCGGAAGCCUUGCAAGCCCGGCAAGCCCGGCAAGCCCGACAAGCCCGAAAAGCCCGACAUCGAGAGGCUUUGGCCAUGGCUUCAGCAGGACCUGGGGUGGGAGGCGAUCAGGUGCCACGGGCUUCCUCUCACGGUCACCACGACCUUCGGCAUCAGAGCCUUCGGAGCCUUCGGGGCCGAUCAAGAGAAUUCGCAAGCUGGGCGAGGGAGAGAAGAUCUUCGACUUGUAUUAUUGGGAGAAGGUGCUCCAGCAAGAAGGCGACGGCGGCAAAGUAGUCGUCUGCCGCCCCAAAGACCAAGCAGAUGAGGAGUUUAAAUUCGUGAUGAAGAUCAAAAGCAAGGAAUCACUUCGCGAAGAUCUGCACGAGGAAGAAUUUGCGCGAGCACAGACACGGCUCCUGAAUUUUCCCCCACAUCCGGGUGUAAUUCGCUUGAGGGAAGUCCUGGAAGACGAAACGUUUUACUACGUCGUCAUGGACAGGGCUUCUGGCGGUCCUUUCUUCGAGUGCCUGCUUCAGGAGUACACGGAUGGGAACAUGCCGCCCGGCGCUGUUUCCAACGUGGCCAGGGAUAUCUUGGCCACAUUGUGUCAUCUCCACAAAGAGGGCAUCCUCCACAGGGACAUCAAGCCAGACAACUUAGUCAUGCAUUUACAGGACGACCCUUUGACGGGAAAGAAGUUGCAGAAGGUUGCACUCAUUGACUUUGACCACGCGGAUGCAGAGUUCACUCCCCACGCGAGGAAUCAUGCUAAGCAUUGCUAUGGCACUGCGCGGUUCAAUGCUCCAGAGGCCUUCCUAGGAUUGUACUCUGCGUCCACUGACUUGUACAGUGUUGGCGUCAUUGUCUAUCUAUUGUUGACUGGAACUAUGCCUUACCCUUCUGACUUCUUCGAGUUCCCGGACCUGAGUCCGAAGUCGCCUGCGGCAAACCGGCGUUGGAUGGAAAACGUCGUCAUCCAGAUGCAGGGCCACUCGGUGGACUGGAGCCACACGACUUUCAGAGAGAUACCCCGCAGCAAGGACUUCUGCCAGAGGCUGCUGGCCUUUGAUCCAGCCGAGCGCUUCGGUUCGGCCGCCGAGGCGUUGCAGCACACCUGGCUGAAAGCAGGGGAAGGCUUGGAAAAGCCAUGA